AUGUCUUGUCCACAUAUCUGGAAAGACGCCCUAAGCGGCAAACUGAAUGAAGUCACCUUAAAAGAGUACAUGAGAUCCGGUGAAGACAUCAAUGGUCGAGCCACAGCAAGGAGCUACACACCACUCAUGGGCGCAAUCCUAAAGGGCCAUGAGAAAGUAGUUCAAGUCCUUCUUGAUCACGAGGCAAGGGUGGAUAUCCGGGCAGAAGAUGACUCAACUGCUCUAUGGUUGGCUACCUCGACGUCUACAAAGCACUCAUCUUCAAUCGUUGAGCAAUUGCUUCGUAAGCGGCCGGAUUUGAAUGUAGUUCCAAGAAAAGGAACUGGGAAUACGCCGCUAAUGCAAGCCAUUGUGCAACUGAAAAAUGAAAAGAUUGUCAGUAGAUUGGUUGAUGAGGGCGCCAACCUGGAGAUGACAAACAGUGAAAAAAAGACAGCAAAGGAGCUUGCGGCGGCGCAGUUUAAUAGUAGGCUUCUAUAUGCGUUGUUGCCAGCCGAACAGAGAGCAAGUAAACGGGCAUCUGUUAUGCAAAACUUUCGUGCUUUUAUUAGCCAUAUUAUUUGGGUUGUGAAUACGGCGGCCGGCGAGGGCAUGGGUAUUAUGAGAGCUGUAUUAGGAAUAAGUGGACGGCGCGCGAUUGAUGACCCGCUGCUGAAUAACCUAGUCCCCAAGGAACUUGUUAUAACCCGUGAAGAACUGAAUCGCUCAACGGGUGCCGGUGAACCACCGGCCAAGUCUAUGGAAGAUUGCAUGACCUUCGCGGAUUUCGAAAAAAGUGUACUUGACAUUGUCGACACUAUGGGAUUGAACCGAUUCUUUCCACAGAACAGCGACAAACUUCAACGGUUAACCCACGGACUUGUAAACUUCAGAAAAAGUAAUAGCAACUUGAACACUCCCGAGAAUCUGCGCGGCUUGGCUACACUAUCUUUGUAUAAAACCAUCAUUCUUUGCGACGACAGCGGUUCCAUGUGUGCAAAUACGACUGCCAAUAGCUCCAUAACUCGUAUCAAAUCUCAGAACAACAUCAUUGGACGCAUCGCCGAUAUGACUAGUAUACUAAUGCCGGAUGACGGUGGUACAUACGUACGAUUUCUCAAUAGACGAGUAAACUGGGAAAGAAUGUCCAAAGAUGAACUUUUCCACAAAUUGGAUAUCAUCGACCCCGACGGUGGCACACCCCUUGGGGCUGCGUUCAAACGGGAAGUGGUUGAUCCAUUCGUCGCUAGCACUAUCGAAGCCGGGAAGCAACUUGAUUCUCCAUACCUCAUUUGUGUCGUUACCGAUGGUGCUCCAAAUCGUGGCGAAGACCAGGUCUUUAUCCAGGAAUUAAAGAGAUGUCUGAUGAUGCUCGAGGAUAAUGGAUAUGGUGACAGGGUUGUAUCUUUUGUCAUUAGCAGAAUUGGCGACGAUAGGUCCGCAGACAGGUUUAUAACACAACUCGACGAUAUGGCCGAAUUCCCAGAUAUGGUUUAUGUCUGCCGCGAUCAAAUUGAUGAGGGAAUUGGAGGAGAAGGCCUGAGCGAUGCUGCGCUAGAGAUGAGACUUUUCGAAAUUCUUACCACUCCACUGUUGAAGUAA